GCCAGCUGAUCGCACAGGUGGCGCGUUGCGGGAAGUUCCGUGUCGGGGUUCCGAGCUGCUUGGUCGCCGUCCGGCGUGAGGUUUGCCGCCGCCUUUGCAAAUGGAAGCGUUUGUGCACUUCACCAACCAGACCCAGGGUCGAGAUCGGCUCUUUCGAGCAACUCAGUAUGCAUGCAUGCUACUUAGCUAUAUGUUAGAGCAUAAGACCAGCCGAGAGGAAGUGAUAAUGAAGCUCAAAAACCUGGAGGCGAGCAUGCGCUCCGGCCGCAAGUUGUUCAGACUUGGUAACAUGGUGCAUGCAUUCGUUUCGGCCAGGAACGCCUCCCAGUUGCCAGAUUUGGUUCCCCGCUGCUGCCUGACUGCCUCCAGCCUCAACCGUGUCCUGUACUUCAUGUGCGACACUGUCUUGUGGGUGAAGAGCGUGGGGCUCAUCUCGGAUAUCAACAAGAAGAAGUGGCGCAGCCGGGCGACCAAAUACUACUACUAUUCCCUGCUGAUAAACCUGGUCAACGACUUGUACGAGCUCUGCUGGCGCAUGGAGCAGGCCGCACGGAAAGAGAAGCUUCAAGGGGACUCAUCUCAGCUCCAGAGCUUAACUUCUCUGGCAACUAGUGGCCUGCAGCCAUUUCUCCUCCUCCUCUACAUCACACUGAAGAAACAUCCUCCUUUGCUUCUGGACACGGUGAAGAACCUUUGCGAUCUCUCUAGUCCGUUGGACGUGCUGGGAAUCUACAAAACCAAUCCCGGAAUCAUUGGGCUCUGUGGCCUUAUUUCCUCCUUGGUGGGGAUCCUCACCAUCGCUGUCCCACAAUUGAGACUGAAGCAUUGACUUUUGACACUUCCCUGAUGCCUUCCAUUUUGCAGAGCAGUCCUUUGAAUAUCAAGCCCAACUGGGUGGGCUUCCUCUGUCCUGUCAGCAGACUUGUUCUCUGCCACUGCCUUCGUUUCGACCUCUUUCCUCAUAUGAUUUUGCCGCCCUUUGAUGGGAGAAGGCAUCAAUCAAUGAUGGCACCAGAAAGAGUGUGCUGGAUUUACGUACAAGCUAAACAAGCCAUAGCUUAGGGCCCCACUCUCUUGGGGGCCCCAAAAAAAUGUAAAGGAAAAAAAAAACCACUGGGUGUACUUUGAUAAAAUACAUAUUUUGUUAUGUGCAAAUGGCUUUAGAUACCUAUUAGGUCCAUAAAUUAACAUAUAGCAUCUAUUCGGCACAAAAAACAGCGGCAAUUUGUUGUUGACAAAGGACAGCUGGACAUAUAAAAGGCCCCAUUACCUUCAGUAGCUUAGGGCCUCAUCAAACCUAAAUCCAGCCCUAGGAAAGACUGAAGGAAAUCACCUCGGAACUAUGUAACAAAGAAUGCGAAAUUGUACGGUUGAGAUUUGGAUCUGAAUGUAUGAAAAAAUGGCCCGUGGCCCUCAAGAGACUUUGGCUGAGGGCAGUCAAUGGGUUAUGUCCAAUGUAGCACUAAACAGAUAUUCUGAUCUCCCCCUCUGCUCCCCUGCUCACCCUUGAAACCUGUUCUGAGGGCUUUCCCUAACCUUCCAGAGCAGAUUUGGGAAUGGUGUCGGGGGGGGGAGCAGAAUCCCCUAGCCCUAAUCCUUACACUGAAGUCUUGUUGAAUACCACCCAGUUUAUCUUUCCCUGGAGAACUGAAGUUGGUUUGGAAUCAUAGAAUCAUGGCAUUGUAGAGUUGGACGGGACCAUGAGGGUCAUCGAGUCCAACCCCCUGCGAUGCAGGAUUCUUUUGCCCUUGAACCCA